AUGCUUACUAGUAAUGUCUGCUUUGGGAUUAUUUUCUUCUUCCAGACUACAGUUGGAACCUUGGCAAACUUCUUCCUCCUUUUACUUUAUAUUUUUAAUUUCUUACACAACUAUAAAUCAAGACCACUACUCUUGAUUCUGACCCAGAUAAUCUUGGCCAAUAUCACUAUGCUAGUUAUCAAAGGAAGCCCAGAAAUGCUACAUGCUUUUCAGAUGAAAAAUUUCCUGGAUGAUAUUGGAUGCAAAAUGAUGUUUUUCCUUUACAGAAUUGCCCAUGGGCUUUCAGUUUGCUUCACCUGCCUUUUGUGUAUCUUUCAGGCCAUUAUCAUCAGUCCCAAUAACUCCACACUAUCAGAAUUCAAAUCCAGAGUUCCAGAAUAUAUUCCCUCUUUCUGUCUAGUCUGUUGGAUCUUUAAUAUCUUACUAGAAAUUCCUGUACUAAUAUUUGUAAGACAAGCAAGAAUCACCACCAACAAUACCAUCGAAUCUAACAUUCUAUAUUGCUCAUUGGAAAUGUUUAUAGAAAUGUAUUUUAUCAUGACUACUCUAAGAAAUGUGCUUUGCGUGGGAAUCAUGCUUUGGAGUAGUAGCUAUAUGGUGGUUCUUCUGCACAGACACCACCAGCAAGUCCAGAACAUUCACAGUACCAGUUUCUUAUCCAGAGUCCCCCCUGAGAUCAGAGCCACCCAAACCAUCUUACUACUAAUGGGUAUCUUUGUCAGCUUUUACUUACUCCACACCAUUUCUUUGAUUUCUGUCACUUAUUUAGAUAAAAAUGGACAAUGGUUGACUUUCUCUCCCAUUCUGUCUCUUUCCUUUUCAACUCUUUGCCCCUUUGUGUUACUUCCCAAAGCCCCCAAACACAACUGCAUUCUCUGGACAAGGAAAGACGCUGAUUCCAUAUUGUCCUGA